GCCUCCUCGGGUCUCCAAACUCCCGGCCAGGGCGCGCGGUGGCGUCCUCGCUCUCUAGCUUGCGCCCCCGCCCGUCGCCCGCGCGAGCCAGGCAUGAAUGCUGAGACUUGCGUCUCUUACAGCGAGUCGCCGGCCGCUACCAUGGACGCCUACUACAGCCCGGUGUCGCAGAGUCGGGAGGGCUCGUCACCUUUUAGGGCAUAUCCCGGUGGUGAUAAGUUCAGCACUACUUUCCUGUCCGCCGCCUCCGCCAAAGGGCAGGGAUUCGGGGACGCCAAGAGCCGGGCUCGCUACAGCGCGGGGCAACAGGACCUGGCGGCACCCCUGGAGAGCAGCGCCGGGGCGCGAGGCUCCUUUAACAAGUUCCAGCCCCAGCCGCCCGCCCCGCAGCCGCCGCAGCCGCCGUCACAGCCGCAGCCCCAGCCGCCGGCGCAGCAGCCGCAUCUCUACAUGCAGCGAGCCGCCUGCAAGACGCCCCCGGACGGCAGCCUCAAACUGCAGGAAGGCAGCGGCCACAGCGCGGCUUUGCAGGUCCCCUGCUACGCCAAAGAGAGCUCCCUGAGUGAGCCUGAGCUGCCGCCCGACUCCGACACCGUGGGGAUGGACAGCAGCUACCUUGGUGUGAAGGAGGCUGGGGUGAAGGGGCCCCAGGACCGGGCCAGUGCCGACCUCCCCAGCCCACUGGAGAAGGCCGACUCGGAGAGCAACAAGGGCAAGAAGCGGCGGAACCGAACCACCUUCACCAGCUACCAGCUGGAGGAGCUGGAGAAGGUCUUCCAGAAGACCCACUACCCUGACGUGUAUGCACGGGAGCAGCUGGCCAUGAGGACGGAUCUCACCGAGGCCCGCGUGCAGGUCUGGUUCCAGAACCGGAGGGCCAAGUGGAGGAAGAGGGAGCGUUUUGGGCAGAUGCAGCAGGUUCGAACCCACUUCUCCACGGCCUAUGAGCUGCCCCUCCUCACUCGAGCGGAGAACUAUGCCCAGAUUCAGAACCCGUCCUGGAUUGGCAACAAUGGGGCUGCCUCACCGGUGCCAGCCUGCGUGGUCCCCUGCGACCCGGUGCCAGCCUGCAUGUCCCCUCAUGCCCAUCCCCCUGGUUCUGGGGCCAGCGGUGUCACCGACUUCCUGAGCGUCCCUGGCGCUGGCAGCCACGUGGGCCAGACGCACAUGGGCGGCCUGUUUGGGGCAGCGGGCCUGAGCCCAGGCCUCAACGGCUACGAGCUCAGCGGCGAGCCGGACCGCAAGACCUCGAGCAUCGCGGCCCUCCGCAUGAAAGCCAAGGAGCACAGCGCGGCCAUCUCCUGGGCCACAUGACAGGGCCCCUCCCGUCCCAUCCCUGCCUGCACCCUCCCCCGCCUCGGGGCUCUGGCCGGCCCGUGUUUCCCAGGCCCCCAGCCUCCCACUCGACUUUCCUCUUAGGAACCUGGCCUGGGUGAGGGCCCUGACCCUCAGCACUUUCAACCACCCCCAGUCUGAGGCCCUGUGGACUGCGGGAGGGAGGGGACAGAUGGCCCCUGCCCUUCCCUGGCCCCAAGGCUGAGACCCCUGCUCCUGGCCAGAGGCAGCGGAGGAGGCCGGUGGCCGAGUUUUGCAGCUUUGCAUCCAUUAUAAGCUGAAGAGCCUUUCUCCCCACUCCUGCUCCCCCAGCCUGCCUGGUUUGACCAUUGAGUCAAGUUUAAAUUCCCAUCGAGACCCCCAGCAGCAGCUACAGCGCCAUCGCAUCUGUCCUUCCUACUUCUGUGUGGCCCCCAGUCACCAGGCCCAGGACUGUUUCUGAAGAACAGCCUCCUGCCCUCCCCUCGGAAUCUGACCUGCUGGACCCGAGGCACCUGCCUCCCUUCACCCAGGGGGGCAGAGACCCAUCCUGCUUGUCCCCUGUGCUGGACACACCCGGAGCGGGUAGGCAGAGGAGGGGGGAGCUGGAGCCCCAGAGCCCAGCUGUCACCCAGUGAUGCCGACAUCCAGGGGCAAGGGGGACAUGUCCCCACGCCCUGGCAGCCCGGAAACUCUGGGUCUGGA